AAUGACUUCCCCAAAUGAUCAUUUAUCCGUUCCGGACGGAGGGUGGGGCUGGAUCGUUGUUAUCUCUUCUUUCUACUUCCAAGCUCUUACUAUCGGAAUAACGUAUACAUUUGGUGUUAAAUUAGUUAAAUUAAAAGACGAAUUUAAAGUUAAUGAAAGAAUUAUUGCCGGCCCUUUAAUUAAACGGUUUGGUUGGCGAACCGUGGCUAUUACUGGAUCGGUUUUAUCAACAAUUGGAUUCGUUAGUAGUUCCUUCGUAAAGAAUGUCUAUGUUUUAUACUUUACUUAUGGGGUUAUGACGGGUAUUGGCAAUGGAUUAAUGUAUGUUACUAGUAUGGUUUGCGUUCAACACUAUUUUGAUACAAAAAGGGCGCUUGCAACUGGUCUUGCAGUUUCCGGAAGUGGAGUUGGAACGCUUCUUUUCGGAUGGUUGGAUCCUUUGUUGCUAAAACGUUUUCAAUGGCGUAAAACGCUCCUUAUUGAAGCUGCUAUAAUGUUGUCGGGGGCAUUUUUCGGUGCUUUAUAUAAACCUUUACCUAACGGUGAUUACGAAAAUGAUACAGAUCUCCUGAAAGAAGAUGCGGACUCUAUAAAAUACGAUGAAGACAACAAACAGGAACCUAAUGAAAACACGCCACUAACUAAUUCAGGAGAGCGAAUGCGUGAAAAUAAUGGUACAUCCUAUUCAGAUAUUUUAGUUCAGGAACCGGUUUCGACCUGUUGUGGAAUCAAGUGUAAGAAUGCUGUUUUCGACCUAAGCCUAUUCACGAAUCCUAUCUUUAUAAUGUUUUGCUCGGCGUUAACGCUUUUCUGCUUCGGUUAUCACGUUCCAUAUACCUACACCCCAGAUAGGGUAAUACAAUUGUUGGGAAAGGAUAAUAUAAAGCUAGAGAAAGCCUCUCUUCUCAUCUCUUACAUGGGAAUAUCGAAUGUCGCCAGUCGUUUGAUAUUCGGUUGGUUCGCUGAUAAAUCACCCAGAGCUAGAUUUUACUUAGGAAGCAUUUGUUUAACCUUAGGCGGCGCUAUAAGUAUGUUAAUCACAUUUUUUAAUACGUAUGGGCUGAUGGUAUUUUAUAGCGUUCUUUUCGGAGCGUUUACUGGUUGUUGGGCAUCUCUUUUCCCUGUCAUUCUUGUUGAUUUACUUGGUAUUGAUGUUAUCGAAAGAUCUCUGGGUCAGAGUUUGGCAAUAGCUUCCUUCGCAUUCUUAUUUGCCUCACCCCUUUCGGCUUUCAUAAAGGAAAAAACAAAGAGCUAUGACGUAUCUUUCUGGGUUGUGGGAACAGCCGAAGCAAUAGGAGGAUUCAUCUUACUGAGUAUUAAGAUAGUUCAAUGGUACCAGAGAAGAAAGUGGAGAAAGAUGCCACAGGAAAAAUACGCUGAAAGACCUACAAAGGUGUCUACAAGCGAUAGUAUUAAGAAGAGUAGAAGACGGUUUAUAUCUGAAAGUUUUGCAUAA